CAAAGGUAGAUCUGGGAGGAGUUGGAGGAAGAUAUAAGUGCUGAUAGCUGGAGACACAGGGCAACACUGAACUGGAGAGACUUAAGGGAAGAGGAAUCAGAGACACCAAACAUGAAUCUGAAACUUCUUUUUUGCCCUGGAUUGCUUCUGCUGCUUAUUGUCAGUCAAAACCAGGCAGAGGCCAGAUCCAUUUCCAGCUUACAGAGCCUGUCCAAACUGUUGGAUGAGGACCUGGAGCAUCCCCAGGUCUCAGAAGAGAGGGGCCAUGAGCAAGAUGAGCUGAUCCCAGCAGGAGUCUUUGAUCAGCAAGAAACUGAACUCCAGUGGGUCCAAAACACCAGGGAGCAGCCCGAGAGCAUUUCCAUGGCUGACGAAGUGAUCUGGAGAUUCUUCAGUGACCUCCUGAGUUUAUCCCGUAGAUACCAAGGCAGAAGCAAAAAGGGUCUCUCCAGGGGCUGUUUUGGUGUCAGACUAGACAGAAUUGGGUCACUGAGUGGAUUAGGAUGCUGA